AAUUCACUUGGUUUUGGCGAAUUUUGCAGCUCGAAAAAUUUAAGCUCGAUUCUGAUCUGCGCGGACAAGAUGCAGCUCUCGGACCUCAUUGAAAGCAGGGUCAAUAUCUUUUCUCGUGAACCAAAAGCUCCAGAUCAUUCGACAUGCGGUGCUUCAUCGUGGUAAUCUUCAUACACGCGCUUCUCAAUUUGGCCGUCACCAUCAUGUCGUCUUCAAACGAACUGAGUCCAGCAACACCAUCAUUAACACCAUCCCAAUUAACGACUCAGUCGAAGAAUCAUCACACCAUCACUAUUCCUGUCACUCAAACAGCGCCACUAUUGCCACCAGUGAUCACGAUCGCGCCGCUGGCAUUGAAUCCGCUUGGAAAGAGGCAGAGAUGCUUUGACGACCGCGGAGUUAGUGUCAAUUGUCAGACGUGGACAGGUUAUUACUAUACUUGGGGCCCCGCUGGCAACCCUUAUGAGGGUGGUCCCGGCGAAGGCGGUGGUUCUGGCUCGGGUGGUGGAAAUGGAGGAAAUGCGGAAACCACCGUGGUUGUGUACCAGAACGAUACCGCUCGGUUAGACUUGACAAGCUGGUCUGCACUCCUCGCCAUGUUGCUACUCGGUGUCCUUCUGUUCCUCUGAGGCUUCGGCAGGAGUUCGCAUCGUGUUGUGCUCGAAUCUACCUAGGGCACAUACUUUAGAGAGCGGCGACGAAAGGCUGCUGAGCCAAUACCUUCCGGUGUCGUGAAGGCGCGCAUCGGCGGUAACAUCAGCAGGACUGCUUGGACCACAAUUUGACACAAGUGACGAUGACCGGGACUCUGAUGACAGUCUUCUCUGGCGUUUGUUCGCUUGCCACUGGCAAUUCACGGAUACAGGGACUAUCGAUGGCAUACAAGACCUCUC